GGACUCGGACUAGCGUGCUCUUUCAGCGAUCUCUCGAACGUGGUCUAGUGCAGGGCCAGUUACAAGCUUUCGGCACCUAUAAUCGGAUGGUCUAGAUAUGCCCCGAACCACCGUGAGUAUUUCGUCCACCAAGGCGGCCAGGCGGCAUGACGCAACAGCUUUAGCAAGCAACCGACGAGAAUCAGUACACAUAUGCUUAGAGCUCCUUGCCUCGUACAAUCGUGUCUUUAGAACCCAAAUUGUGAGCAUUCAUAUGAUAUAAGGUUGCAUAUCAAGGUCUCGAUUAUCCAGGUCACCUAGGUCGAUACCUCUGCACCACAGCAUGACCAUCCUCAUCACCGGCGCGGCAGGGCGCACUUCCGGUUAUGUGCUCAAGGCGUUGCUCGCAUCUGACAACGUCAAACCUGCGGACCUCCGUCUCUUGGUUCGCUCCGAGGAUGCUAUCCAGAAGGUACAGUUCCGGCACCAGCAGCUGCCGCGCAGCUCGUUCGUCGUCGCAGACUACCUGGAGACAAGCACUCUCGGUCCAGCGCUCAGGGGCGUCGACAUUGCAUUCCAUAAUGCACCGGGUUUCAGCCCGCUGGAAAGCGCCAUGGGCAUUGCUCUCAUCGACGCCGCAAAGGAGGCUGGAGUAAAGCAUCUCGUGUAUUGCAGCGUGCUGUUCCCCGUCCUCAGCAAGCUGUUGAACCACGACAUCAAGCGAGUGUAAGGCAGCCUCUUGCUUUUUGU